AUGGAGAAUGCGAGCGUUUUUUCCGAAAAAUUCGAUCUACUCAUUAACGGGAAUGUUCGAAUUGUGCAACUGGAAGCCGGCGAAAAAAACGAAGAUGAAUCCCCGUCAAGAGAAGGAUGGAUCCCGCCUAAUCCCGACAAAAAAUCGUGCUCUUACUGCCGCGUAGAAUUCACCGAUAAUCAAACUCAACGAGAUCAUUAUAAGUUAGAUUGGCAUCGGUAUAAUCUAAAAAACUCCCUAUUGCUCAAACCCCCCGUCACUGAAGAGGAAUUUAAUGAAAAAUCCGGCAAUGACGAUUUAUCGAGCAUAUCGGGCUCGGAUUCCGAGAAAGAAGACACCCUAGACACGUACGCCACUGCCCAGGGCAAGAUAUUCCUAAAAAGCGAAAGUAACAAAGUAUUUUCGCUCUACAAGUGUUUGCUAUUCGAUAAAAAGCAAGAAGUCACCGAGGCCUUGUUACUAGAGCGCCUCAAAGCUUGCUCGAGCUCCAACAAUCAAUGGACGAUACUCAUGCUGGGCGGCGGGCACUUCGCCGGCGCUGUAUUCAAAGACAAUCAGCCGAUUUUGCACAAAACCUUCCAUUGUUACACCGUGAGGGCCGGGCAGGGGGGCUCGCAGAGCUCCAGGGAUUCCAAAUCCGGCGGGGGCCAGCCCAAGAGCGCCGGAGCUUCUCUAAGGAGAUACAACGAGCAAGCUUUAGUGCAGCACGUGAAGUCGAUCGUGGAAGCUUGGAGAAAAGAAAUCGAAGCGAGCUCGCUGAUUAUAUACAGAGCGUCCGGGCCUUAUAACAGAUCGGUGUUGUUCGGAGGAAGUGUACCGGUACUGGAUAAGUACAACGAUAAAUUGAGAACCAUUCCUUUUUCCACCAGAAGAGCCACUUUCACCGAAGUUAAAAGAGUACACCAGUUACUCUCUUCCGCGACAAUCUACGAAUCCCUCGAGUGCGCUACAUCGAAGUUCUCCCAGCAAGUGUCUCCGGAGGCGGAAUCGAAGAGAAACAAAGUCCGAGCGUCCUGCAUAAACCGGGCGAAAUCGAGAGAAACGGUGGAGCGUGCGCUGCCCACCGAGCAUCUGAAAGACGACAGCGAUUUGGAAUUCGAAACCGAUCCUAACGACAAGAGCGAAUUGAUCACCGAAGAUCUGGACGUUUCCUUGGAGGAUCUCCAGGCGUUCGGAGACAGCCUGACGCCCGAGCAGAGGAAGAAGGCCAAGAGGAAAAAGCCGAAGAAGAGCAAGGCGAAGAAAUCGAGGGAGCAAGAGGAGGCUGUAAGGAAGGAGUUGUUCGAUGUGAUUGCUGGUGGAAACGUGGAGCAAUUGGAGAAAUUGCUCGAAGACCACCGGGUGGGUUUUGUGGAAGACGAACGCGAUAAGGCGAGUUACGAUUUUAUUAACCGCGUUGUAGACGAUGAAUCUAAUACUUUAAUGCACGUAGCAGCGAUGAGAGAGCAAGUUGCGAUGUUGGGGUUUUUGUUAGAAAAGGGUGCGAAUCCUUGUAUGAAAAAUAAAAAUCAACAAACGGCGUAUACUUGUACGCAAAGUAAAGAUAUUAGGGAGUUUUUAAAGCAAUUCGCCAAGGAGAAUCCUGAUAAACAUAACUACAAUAAAGCGCAAAUACCGAUUAAUGCGCUCACUAACGAAGAGAUUGCUGAGAAGAAAAAGGCCAGUCGGAAAAUAAAAAAGGAGAAGGAAAAGGUGAAGAGGAAAGAAAACGAUAUUAAGAAAAAGGAGGAUGAAGAAAAGGAGCGAUUUUUGAAAUUAAGCGAUAGAGAGAAGAGAGCAUUAGCAGCUGAACGAAGAAUAAUUAGUCAAUCGGGGAAAGUAACAAAAAGGUGUUUUCUAUGCGCUGCGGAUAUAGGAGGGAAAGUACCAUUUGAAUAUAUGGAAAAUUUGUUCUGUUCGAUUGAUUGCUUGAAAGCUCACCGGCUACAAAGGCCUGUUUUGCUGUGA